AUGGAAUCAGAUAUUUUCAAGAGGAAAGACUGUUUAUCUGAGCAGGUUGUAAAAGAUUCACCAGCCCAAGCAUCAUGUCAUAGCACAACUGAUGAAACAACGGGAUCUUCCUUAAGUCUGGGUUGGGUAAGCAGCACAAACAGCCCCUUUCCUGCACAGUUUACAUCCUUGAAUACGUCCAGCACACUGGAAAGAGACGUUGGCCUACCUGGUGACCUAGGCCACCUUCAAACCUUUCAGGAUGCCAAGCCAUUCAGUUACACAGCCAGCUCUAUUCUUUUUCCUCACUUAUUACCACCAACUCAGGCAGGAACAGUACCUGCUGGUAAAACCAGUGAAACCCUGGGAAUCCCAAAUGCUGCCGCUACUACUUCUCCUCCUCCUCUGAUAACUCAAGAUGCUAUAUGCUGUCAAAACGAGAAACAGGUGAGGUUGCGUUCCAUUUAAGCUAAGUUAACAUUAUUACAAUCCAAACCCUCUAAUUCUGUACACCCUGCUGAAUACUGCACUAGUGUCUAUUCAAAACAAAAGGUGUCUCCAGACUGUCACUAUUUUACAGGAGGAAUUUAAACGCACACUGGAACUUUAGGAUUUCCACAGUUAAAGUGUAUUAAAGCACUCUGUUGUUCUAGUACAACAAAUCCACUUUUAAAAAUAAUUUUAAAAUGGACAUUUUGUGGUUAAGAAAGUGAUGGGGAAAUGGACUGAAAAAUGUGAGAUGAUUGAAUGAUUAAUGGGGCAGCAUGUAAACACCUCACAAGCAAAUGAGGAUGAAAGUAUGUUGCUGUCCAACUGCCCUGUAAACAAAUCAGAAUGAAUGCCCUAUAUAAGUACAUAUUCUGACAACCAUGUAAGUUUUGUGCAGGCAAAUUAUGAUGAAUGCUAAAUAAAUGGAUUACCUGGACUUCAACUACCAUCAGCCCCACCCAGUAAUGGCUAAUGAUUAAGGAUAACGUGAGAGGUAGUUGUUUAUUCCUCCCUGUGGCGUUCGUACGGAGCCCCCGGUCGUCUCACGGACUAUUGACCCGUACACCACUAAUCGCUGCCACCAACCAGGUCCUCCCCGGUAAAAUCACUUCAGCCUCAGUCAGGUUCUCAAUUAAUAGAGAAGAGUGUAUUUUAUUUCAGUCACAAACAAACUUUUACGGCAUUCCAAACGUUGUUACUCUUUACUUUCUUAGUCUUAUUUUCCUCUCUCUAUCCCUUCUGCCUCCCCUCACUCAAGAACCCACUGCCCUAACUGUCACUCUGUUACCAACUGCCUACCAACUGCUUCUCCAACUGCCUUUCCCAACCAGCCAACCCACUGAAACCAACCAACUACCCACCAACAACUCCCAACAACAACAACAACUAACUCAAAUCUCGGGCUAAGCCUUUUUAUACACAGGGAGGCUCCGCCUCCGGCUUUCCUAUUGGUCUAUCUUUCCCACCUGUUCAAACAUUUUCUAAAUGAAUGGGCAAAUGCCACACUCCCUUAAAGAUAUAAUCUGCAUUUAACAACAAAGAGCCCUACUGUAUCAGGCCGCAAGCCUGCUGGGUCCAGGAUCCUGUUCCCACAGUGUCCAAUGAGAUGCCUAUGGGAAAUAGGCUAGCCUUACCUGAAUGAAACUGCAUUCUCCCCCCUUGUGAUUCCCAGUAACUGAUAUUCAGAGGCAUACUGCCUCCCUGCAGUGAAACUAGAACUCCUUCUUCUUUGGUGAUCACUCGCAGCUGAGUAAGAUUGUCUUCCAUGAACACAGUCUUAACAGUGAGUCUGUAAGUGACUGUGAAGGCCAUUUCUGGAUCCACAUGUCCUUCCACAGCGGGGAAAUAGGUUUCCAGAUGGGAGAUGAUCACGGUGAGGGUUUGCCAAACAUGCCUUCCUCUUAGCACGUUUCUCCUUUUUGUCCUGAGUUUAAGCAUCUUCAAAGUCCCUGGUAAAAGCUGUUCUCUAACUGGAACACUCGCAGGCCAGUGUUUCCCAAUUGUCAGUGUUUAUAUUACAUUUUUUUUAGAUUUGCCUUGAGAGAGUCUUAUAGCUGCAUCCUCCAUGAAUUUAUUUAAUUCUCCAAAUUGGUGGCCAUCACUGUGGGAGUGAAUCCUGUAGUUUUAACUGUGCUGUGUGAAGAAAUACUUUCUUUUAUCUGUCUUGACCAUAUAUUACUUGACUAUACAUUACUUGGAAGCAAGUUCCAUUGUACUCAGUGCAAUUUACUCUCAGAUGUGCAUAGGAUUGUAGUUCCAUGACUAAUUUAAGCCCAGUGGAGAGAUGAGGAAGCUGUGGACCUCCAUUGGUUGUUGACCUACAACUCCCAUAAUCCCUAACCAUUGGCCGUGCUGGGGCAGAUGGGAGUUGGAGCCCAACAAUCUGGAGGGCCACAAGUUCCCCAUCCUUGUCGUACUGCUUUUAAGGGGUAAAUUAGACAAUUUUUCAUUUUAUUUUCUUCUUUCAGUGUCCAGGGCAGCAGGAACAGCUCAUAAUGCACCAAAUGGAGCACCUUCAACAGCUAGUAGCUGAACAGCAGAAAAUAAUUUCGUUCUUUAAUUCAGGUACUACAAGGAAUGUCAGAUUCCUGCCUUUUUCAUCAGUGUGUUAUAUCUUCCAGCAUAUUUUGAGGAGGCUAUAAAAAUAACCACAGGUCUUUGGGUCAUCUUGACCCAAGGUUCUGGUUUUUAUAAACACAUUUCAAAAGAGCAGGGUGGAUGCAAGAAAUUACAGGGGAUUUCAGGAGGAUUGGGUAAGUGGGACAUUCUAAUGAUGCUUGGCUUUCUCCACAAAAACAAUUCUAGUGCCUAUUAAAGCAUCACAAACAAAACAUCCUUUUCUGUUGAUAAAUGAUAGACAUAGAUGAAAUAGGGGGCGUCUAGACAGGUGUUUAUUGUAAGAUGAUAGGUCCCCUCAUGGAUGCAUUUUUUUUGGUAGUACCCACACAUCAUUGGCAUCAAAAUUCCAGCUUGUCUCCAUACCCUUUUAUUCUCCAUACCCAGGGAAAAUCCAGUAAGUAGAAAUAGCCUCUAGUCAACAGCCUGUUUGAGAUAUAUCAGUGACCUAUUUGAAAAUUCAGCCCCCAUCUGGAAGCACCUAGAGUUUAUCAAAAGUUGAAGAAAAAGCUGAUGCUGGCAACCCAUUUGUGAUAAUAUCAAUAAUCUACAUACACAUUUUAAGAUCUCAUCUGGAGUUGCCUGUAGUUUCACCAUAUGUGCAUUCAGAAGCAAACAAUCAAUAGCCUUCAGAAAGGUUGGGCAACUAGUUUGGCACUGAGGUAGAUAAAUCAUUUGUUUUUAGUGUGGAGUCUGUUUAGUAGAUACUUUCUGGAUAAAUGGGAAAUAGACAUCAAGGACCACACUAAUUUUUGCUCCUUGCUUUGUUUCUUUAUCCAGGCUUUUCAGCUUCUGCUGGUAUUCCUCCUCACCUUCUUGCUAUGAUCCCAUCCCUUCCAAGAGUCCCAGCUGCUUUAUUCCCUGUCCAAUUCCCUUUGGAUAAUUCUUUGCAAGCUCAGAAUAAUGGAAGCUCACAAACCAGUCCCUUAAUAAUAAAGCCUACGUUGCAGCAACUUGCCACAGAAACCUCAGCAAACAGCAACUUCUUAGAAGUUUCAAGGGAGCACCCUGAACCUCACGAAAAAGGUGAUGAGCUAAAGUAAAAUAACCAAAGUAAAGCUGCAAGCACCUAGCAGUGGUUUGAACAGAAGAAAGAAACACAGAAUGAAUGAUUUUUUUAAAAAAAUUCUUAUUCCGUCUCUCUCUCUCUCUCUCUCUCUCUCUCUCUCACACACACACACACACGCCCAUAAAACAUAAGUUGGAGUGAAUCAGAUUUGGAAGGGUUUGUAGACAUGCAAUUGAACCUAUGUGUCUAAGUUCUAAUUUGAGCAUGAACCAUUGAAUGUGGACCAGAGAGUUUCCCUCCAAAUUACAGAGUGAACCAAAAUUGUCCACCAAUCCUAGUUGGGAGUAAAAGGUAAAAGUAAAGGACCCCUGGAUGGUUAAGUCCAUUCAAAGGCGACUAUGGGGUUGCGCCCCUUCAUGGAUCACUGCCUUGCCGUGGCGAAGGGGCUUGAAUAACUCGGAGAAGCUAUGAGCUAUGCCGUGCAGGGCCACCCAAGAUGGACAGGUCAUAGUGGAGAGUUUUGACCAAACGUGAUCCACCUGGAGCAGGAACCGGCAAGCCACUCCAGUAUCCCUGCCAAGAAAACUCAAUGGACAAAGACAACAGGCAUAUAAAAGUUAUGACGCUGGAAGAUGAGCCCCUCAGGUCGGAAGGCGUCCAACAUGCUACUGAGGAAGAGCGGAGGACAAGUACAAGUAGAUCCAGAGCUGAUGAAGCGGCUGGGCCAAAGCCAAAAGGACGCUCAGUUGCGGAUAUGCCUGGAAGCGAAAGGAAAGUCCAAUGCUGUAAAGAAAAAUAUUGCAUAGGAACCUGGAAUGUAAGAACCAUGAACCUUGGUAAGUUGGAUGUGGUCAAAAAUGAGAUGGCAAGAAUAAAUAUUGACAUCCUGGGCAUCAGUGAACUAAAAUGGACGGGAAUGGGCGAAUUCAGUUCGGAUGACCAUCAUAUCUACUACUGUGGGCAAGAAUCCCAUAAAAGAAAUGGAGUGGCCCUCAUAGCCAACAAAAGAGUGGCAAAAGCUGUAUUGGGAUGCAAUCUCAAAAAUGAUAGAAUGAUCUCGAUACGAAUCCAAGGCAGACCUUUUAACAUCACAGUAAUCCAAGUUUAUGCACCAACCACUGGUGCUGAAGAAACUGAAAUUGACCAAUUCUAUGAAGACUUACAACACCUUAUAGAACUGACACCAAAGAAGGAUGUUCUUAGAAUCAUAGAAUCAUAGAGUUGGAAGAGACCACAAGGGCCAUCGAGUCCAACCCCCCUGCCAAGCAGGGGAUUGGAAUGCUAAAGUAGGGAGUCAAGAGAUAAAAGGAACAACUGGCAAGUUUGGUCUUGGAGUUCAAAACGAAGCAGGGCAAAGGCUAAUAGAGUUCUGCCAAGAGAACAAGCUGGUCAUCACAAACACUCUUCCAACAACACAAGAGACGACUCUACACAUGGACAUCACCAGAUGGGCAGCAUCGAAAUCAGAUUGAUUAUAUUCUAUGCAUCCAAAGAUGGAGAAGCUCUAUACAGUCAGCAAAAACAAGACCUGGAGUGGACUGUGGCUCAGAUCAUCAGCUUCUUAUAGCAAAAUUCAAGCUUAAACUGAAGAAAGUAGGAAAAACCACUGGGCCGGUAAGAUACAAUCUAAGUCAAAUCCCUUAUGAAUACGCAGUGGAAGUGAGGAACAGGUUUAAGGAUUUAGAUUUGGUGGACAGAGUGCCUGAAGAACUAUGGAUGGAGGCUCGUAACAUCAUACAGGAGGCAGCAACUAAAACCAUCCCAGUUAAAAGGAAAUGCAAGAAAGCAAAGUGGCUGUCCAACGAGGCCUUACAAAUAGCGGGGGAGAGAAGGCAAGCAAAAUGCGAGGGAGAUAGUGAAAGUUACAGGAAAUUGAAUGCAGAUUUCCAAAAAAUAGCAAGGAGAGACAAGAAGGCCUUCUUAAACGAGCAAAGCAAAGAAAUAGAGGAAAACAACAGAAUGGGAAGAACCAGAGAUCUGUUCAAGAAAAUUGGAGAUAUGAAAGGAACAUUUCGUACAAAGAUUACCAUAAUAAAGGACAAAAGUGGUAAGGACCUAACAGAAGCAGAAGGCAUCAAGAAGAGGUGGCAAGAAUACACAGAGGAACUAUACCAGAAAGAAAUGGAUGUCUCGUAUACCCCAGGUAGUGUGGUUGCUGACCUUGAGCCAGACAUCCUGGAGAGUGAAGUCAAAUGGGCCUUAGAAAGCACUGCAAAUAACAAGGCCAGUGGAAGUGAUGAUAUUCCAGCUGAACUACUUAAAAUUUUAAAAGAUGAUGCUGUUAAGGUGCUACACUCAAUAUGCCAGCAAGUUUGGAAAACUCAGCAGUGGCCAGAGGAUUGGAGAAGAUCAGUCUACAUCCCAAUCCCAAAGAAGGGCAGUGCCAAAGAAUGCUCCAACUACCGCACAAUUGCACUCAUUUCACACGCUAGCAAGGUUAUGCUUAAAAUUCUACAAGGAAGGCUCAAGCAGUAUAUGGACCGAGAACACCCAGAAGUGCAAGCUGGAUUUAGAAGAGGCAGAAGAACCAGAGACCAAAUUGCAAACAUGCGCUGGAUUAUGGAGAAAGCUAGAGAGUUCCAGAAAGACAUCUAUUUUUGCUUCAUUGACUAUGCAAAAGCCUUUGACUGUGUUAACCACAGCAAACUCUUGGCAAUUUCUUAAAGAAAUGGGAGUGCCUGAUCACCUCAUCUGUCUCCUGAGAAAUCUCUAUGUGGGACAAGAAGCUACAGUUAGAACUGGAUAUGGAACAACUGAUUGGUUCAAAAUUGGGAAAGGAGUACGGCAAGGCUGUAUAUUGUCUCCCUGCUUAUAUAACUUAUAUGCAGAAUUCAUCAUGCGAAAGGCUGGGCUGGAUGAAUCCAAGCCGGAAUUAUGAUUGCCGGAAGAAAUAUCAACAACCUCAGAUAUGCAGAUGACACAACCUUGAUGGCAGAAAGUGAUGAGGAAUUAAAGAACCUUUUAAUGAGGGUGAAAGAGGAGAGCGCAAAAUAUGGUCUGAAGCUCAACAUCAAAAAAACGAAGAUCAUGGCCACUGGGCCCAUCACCUCCUAGCAAAUAGAAGGGGAGGAAAUGGAGGCAGUGAGAGAUUUUACUUUCUUGGGCUCCAUGAUCACUGCAGAUGGUGACAACAGUCACGAAAUUAAAAGACGCCUGCUCCUUGGGAGAAAGGCGAUGGCAAACCUAGACAGCAUCUUAAAAAGCAGAGACAUCACCUUGCCAACAAAGUUCCGUAUAGUUAAAGCCAUGGUUUUCCCAGUAGUGAUGUAUGGAAGUGAGAGCUGGACCAUAAAGAAGGCCGAUCGCCGAAGAAUUGAUGCUUUUGAAUUAUGGUGCUGGAGGAGACUCUUGAGAGUCCCAUGGACUGCAAGAAGAUCAAACACAUCCAUUCUUAAGGAAAUUAGCCCUGAGUGCUCACUGGAAGGACAGAUCGUGAAGCUGAGGCUCCAAUACUUUGGCCACCUCAUGAGAAGAGAAGACUCUCUGGACAAGACCCUGAUGUUGGGAAAGAUGGAGGGCACAAGGAGAAGGGGACGACAGAGGACGAGAUGGUUGGACAGUGUUCUCGAAGCUACAAACAUGAGUCUGACCAAACUGCGGGAGGCAGUGGAAGACAGGAGUGCCUGGCAUGCUCUGGGCCAUGGGGUCACGAAGAGGUGGACACGACUAAACGACUAAACAACAACAUGGGGUUGCGGCGCUCAUCUCACUAUCAGGCCGAGGGAGCCACCAUUUGUCCACAGACAGCUUCUAUUUUGGGAGUAUAUUUCCACCCUUUAAUACAGGAAAAGUUUCCCUGGGACAUUGUUACCAGUUUCCCCUCCUUCUCCCCUCCCCUUUUCAAGAGACCUAAUUAAUGUAGUAAAAGCCUUUAUUCUUUUCGUUCUUUCCUGAUAUUUAGAAGCAAGUCUGCCAGGUAGAGAACCUUGGCUUGAAACUUGGCCACCUGUUACAGAACAAAGAGGGGAGCAACAGUUAGAGGAAAAUGCUUCUCUUUCCCCCUUUGGAUUAAGAAUGAACAUGAAGACACGGAAUGUAGAUGACAGGUGAGGGGAAAAUCUAAUAUAAAACUCUUAAAACAUUAAACAAUUCUAAAACUGUUAAAACAUUUAGAACUGGUGGAAGGUUUGGUGCAAAUGUUAAGUGGGGAAAGGAGCACAUUUUAUUUAUCCCCUUUUUGUAUAGGAUAGGGAUGGGGAAACUUUUCUCUCAGGAGCCAAAGUUCCAUGGGGUGGAGGGGCGAGGAGUCAAUCAGGGGCCACACAAAAGUAAAAAGUUCCUGAAGAGAGUUUUGAAAAUGUGUAUUGAGUGGCUGAUUGCUGACCCAGUCCAGGUUUCCGCCACUGAAAGCAUGUACAGUGGUACCUUGGGUUAAGAACUUAAUUCGUUCUGGAGGUCUGUUCUUUACCUGAAACUGUUCUUAACCUGAGGUACCACUUUAGCUAAUGGGGCCUCCCGCUGCCACCACACGAUUUCUGUUCUCAUCCUGAAGCAAAGUUCUUAACCCAAGGUACUAUUUCUGGGUUAGCGGAGUCUGCAACCUGAAGUGUCUGUAACCUGAGGUACUGCUGUAUCACAUCAGCAGACAACUGGUGCUGAUCUGUACUUUCCCACCUGAGAAGGGAGAGGGAGGUUUGAAUGUGCAGAUUGGCCCAGCUGUCUCCCAAUCUGGUUUGCACUUUCAAAGCUCUCUAAACCUUUAAAGACCCACACUUUAAAAGCAGUCCAGAUGAAAUUCAGUACUGGGUGAGAUCCAGCCCAUGGACCAUAGGUUCCUCACCCCUCAUAUAGGAGGGAUCCCUUGAUAAUCUUUACACCAUCCAUAUUCAAUACUGUCUAGAGAUGGAAGCAUUUUUACAUGAACAGAAUUAUUUCAAGCUUAAAAUUAAGAAACUAGCAUAAAAUCAGUCCACGGACAUAGACAGCUGCCGUAUACUUCUUCAGACUCUUGGUCCAUCUAGCUCAGUAUGGUCUACAGAGAGUAGCAGUGGCUUUCUAUGAUUUUUGGCAGGUUCUCCUUCUGCAUGUAAAGCAGAUAUUUUAUUGCUGAGCUGUGGCCCUUUCCCCAUGAGGGUGUUGAUAAAUGUGAGCUAAUUAGACUUGACACAGUGAGGAAAUUCUGAACCUCUUGGGGGGGGGAACGCAAUGGUAGGAUAUCCAUUGCCCCUUCUCUUAUUAAUAUUCUGCUAUUUCCCCUUCCAAGUUUGAAGCAGCGUAACAUGCCUCAGCCUCCAUUCGUCAUCAUGGAAAAUGGCUGCAGAAUAUUUAUGUUCAAAUCUGCUUUAUUAUUUCCCUAGACCGAUCAGACCUGGAAUUGGAGUGAGGCGGAAGACAUUUGAGGAAUUUGUUGAGGAGCAACUUAAAGUCGAUUCUCAACAAGCAGAGAAGCAGCAACAGGUACGAGAGCAUAAGUUGUGUUAAUAUAAUGUUUGUCAUGCUGCUGAAACCCUAUGGUUCUGCAUGAUUUUGAAACCCAUUUGGCAUGAUUCAUUCUUUGAACAGGGGUUUCAUUGCUCUCUUCUGUGAACAGGAACAUGCCUGGCAUUCUUUAUUGAGGACUUCUCAUAUAUAAACAACACCUUUGGGCCCAUAGAAGAAAAUUGGAAGCUCCUAUGUUUGCAGGGCUUCGGAUUAUACACUCUGGUGUGUAGAUGUAAGGUUUGAGACAAAUAGGAUCAGCAGGUGUCUCUCUGUGUGUGUCAGAGUCAUUCCUUGGGACAGGCAUCAAGCGAGCUGGCCAUGAGGUCGGGAGAACACCAGGUUGCCGGCAGUGGCCUGGCAUACAUACUUACUUGUGGGAAACCACCACCAUCUUGAGGUGGAGGACCCCUAACGCUGCAGCCUAUGAUAAAUCCCCAAUAAAAUCAAGAGGAGGCUAACCAUUGUCUUUGGAGCCAGAAUUCUUCUCUUCAGAAACUUUGGAAAUUCACACCCAAGCUCUUUGAGAUUGCUUGUUUUAUUGGGAUUCAUUAUUUAUUAGAACUUAUGAGAUAUCUCACCACAUUUUAAUGUCACUGUCUUCCUUACAGAACUCCCGUGAGACUAAAGUCACUGCUCAGAAGUCAUUUCUGAAACGUGGGGAAGGGACUGCAAGGCUUGAAAAAAAGAGAAACAGUGUUGGCAAGGAACCAGCCAGAUUUCCUAGACGCAUUAGCUCUGAUUGUCAAAAUAAUUUCUCAUGGCCUUCUCAAUGGGAUGCAGAAGAACUAUUGGGGAAACACCCACAACUGAAAAGGCAGGUCACUAGCCCCACCGUGCUGAUCAUGGAUGAUGAAAACACACAUUGUAUCACCUUCAAGGGGGAUGUAAAAGGCCAGCUUCAUAAUUGCGAGCGAAGGUCAGAUGAAAUAAAAGACAGCAGCGAAUCUGGUGGUUGUGAUAGCAAAGGGAUGGUAAAUGGAGAAGUAUCUGGUGUACCACCUCAGUUUGACAGGUCCAAAUGUUCACAGGAAUGUCAUGAACAAAUAAUUGACGUUAAAGCAAAGGUGAUUGAAAAAAAUGAAACCUCAAGUCUUGGGUCUCAAGAUCAUUUGGUUAGGGUUGACAAGAGAUCCCUGGAUUUUAAGGUUCCAAUGUGGCUUAUGGAGAACUUAGAAGACAGUGUAUCACAGGUGGUAGGAAGGUCCAUUGAUGCUUCACCAGAUACCCCUGAGCUUCAUAACUUAGAAAGCAACCAAGACAAUCAAGAGGAGCAGAGCUCUGGACUUCAGGUUGCUCAAAGUGUGACUCAGAUUAGACAAUGUGAAAAUGAGCAUUGUAUUGCUGAGGGGAAAAGCCCAGAGGGCCAAGUGGAAGUCAACCCUGGGUUUAAGAAAGUCAAUGAUCAAAUAAUAAAAGUUACACCUAAAUCAGAUAGAAAAUGUGUCACCACAAUGGCUAAUUUCCAAAUGAACAGCAAUGCAGGUGCUGCUAAUGCAUGGGAAGGAAAACACCUCUCUAGUGAUUCACUCUGCACAUCUACUGAUAGUGAAGAUGAACCUAAAUCUCAUUGCUCUCAGUACGCAAUAAGGCCUAGUAACCAUAGACCAGCUAACAUUGGCAAGAACAUGGAUCUUUCUGAUGCUGACUAUGCCACUGAUGAACCCAGUGGAGCUGAUGAUUACUCAUUGAAAAACCAUGGAAAAUUGCCUGCCAGUAAGUUUGGUGUUCAGGAGCCAGCAGGUCAACAGGAGGCCACUCUUAUCACAAGUAGUAGUAGUAGCAGCAGCAGCAGCAGCAGCAGCAAUGAAUCUAGUGUUGAUGAUGGCAGCCUGAAAUUUGGAAAGACUCUCUCCCCCCUUAGAAGAUCUUCCUGUCACCCCUCAAAAACUAGAAGAGGAGGAAGGAAGUCUAAAACACAGAGCAACGGUGUUGCCAGCAAUUACAGUGCAGAGUACAAUUUGCAACCUCCUUCCUUGACAAGUGAUCUUGUGGCCAACCUUUUCCCUGCUUUCAAAAGCAAAGCAAAAGUGGAUGAUAAAAGAGCUACUCCAGGUAAGACAUUUUAAAAUGACAAGUGAUUUUUAUUUAAUAUCCAGAAAAUUCAGCUUGCAUUCAGCAAGCUCAGAUAAAUGGUACAGUAGAAAAGCUUUGUUGAAGACACUUCCGUUAUCAAAUUCAACCAAAAUGGUUACACAGACUGACUUGACUGACUUGUGCUUUAACACAUGUUAACAUAAAUCUCUUUGUAGAGCAAGUGCAGAAAAGGCACACUGAUAAGUUAGAAUGUGAACCGGAAGUUCAGGUGCAUCAGAGAGAAACUUCUCUCCUAGCUCAGAUGAAAGAAGAACAAGCAAAAGCCAUGGACUUUCUUAGGUAAGGAAAUUGUUUGUGGUUAUUUUCCUAUAGGAAUUCAUAUGCCAUCCUUCCCGUGGGUAGCUCUUGUGCAAUCCCUUUGUAUCUGAGGCAAAGAACAACAUCAUUAUCUUUAUUUAAAGCAUUGCUAUUUAGGUUUCCAAACUUUGCCGUCUAGUCUUAGAAGCUUCUGAAAUUAUAAGUUCUUUCAGUGUCACCUGUACACUGAUAUAAACCAGCCUGCAACUGAGUGCGCAGAUGGCGUUAUCAAGCCAAAUCAGGGAAAGACCUUUCACAAGCCAAACAAAAUGUCAUAGAAUAGUGCAAAAGUUCCAAGUUCUACUAAACUAGGCUUGCCGGAUUUCAAAAAAUCCUGACGCCCGCAAAGUUAUUGAGCUUUAUUUGGAAGACACCACAAAAUUUGAGAAGGACAUGAGGGUAACAGCACUCCAUUCCAGCCUUGUGGUCCAGUACAGAUAGAUUUCUUCAAGACUAUGACAUACCUGGUUUUAAUACAGGUAGUAUUAAGCACAUUCCCCCAAUUUAAAAAAAAAUGCCCAAGGCUCAGAUCUGUGAAAACAAACCUUUGAGUUCCUGUACAUGUGAUACCCUGUUCUUUUACAUCACCCCUUUGUUUCUUUUUCAACAGAAGACAAAUAAAUCAAUUUGAGGCCAAGAGGUCGCAGAAGUUGCAUUCCCUGGAACAGUGCAAGACUGAGGAAGCCCUGAAAUUGCAGAAAGAAAAGGCAGAAUUUGAGAAGCAUACGACAGUAGGUAAAGGAGAAUCAGGGGAAAUACAAGUAAGUUGUAUAUUGCACAAUGAUGCUUUUUGCAUCAUAGAAACCUCAAAAUUAAGUGCAGUAUUGUCUACACUGGCAGUGGCUUUCCAGGAUUUCAGACAGGGCUUCUCCCAAGCCCUACCUGUAAAUGCUAGGAAGUGAACCUGUUCUGUUUUGUACACAAAGGAAAUGCUCUACUACUGAGCUACUUCCCCAUAAUUGAAUCUAAUUUCCUCUUUUAAAUGAGCAUUUAGAGCAGCUGUCCGUAAGCCUGGCCUCCUUUAGUUUAGUGUAUCAGAACACUUCCUCUUACUGGAGCUGGAAAAAUGGUGAGGGCUGCAUGGCAAUUUAACAGGGGAGCUUACUUGCAAGGGCAGGGGAAAGGAGGACUUGUUCUUGUACCUAGGAGAUUUUCCUAUUGCUGUUAAGUUGACUAAUGACUUCCCCUCUCUCUGUCCUGCUCUUUGUCUUGUCCUUCAUCAACUGUUUUCACCUCUACCUCCUACACAGGGAAAGACGGCCUUUAGCAUUCAGGAGCAGUCUCUUUCAGACCACUGCCAGUCCCUACAUUUCUGUUUCCUGGCUUGUCAGUUCCUCUCGUACAUGAAGCUGUUUUAUCACUACCCUGGACUUGGUCCUUUCAAGAUUUACCUCCCAAGUCCUUAGGUUACAAAUGGUGCUUACACCCUGCCUCGCUUUGGCACACAUCUCCACCAUACCCCCAAAUUACAUGAAAGUAGACUUAUUCUCCCUCAGCUGCACUUUCAGGAGCUUAAAUUCAGAAUGCAGCUAAUCAUAUGCAACAGAACAGUUUCAUAUUACCUGUUGGGCUAGCUCAGUAAAACAUGAGACUCUUAGGGUUGGGGGUUCAAGAUUCCUGCAUUGCAGGGGGUUGGACAAGAUUACCCUCAUUGUGCCUACUGUGAUCUAUUCCUGUCCCUAAAGUGAACGUGGCUCUCCUCCUAGAAACCCUGCUUGAGUUGAGUCAGAAGACCCAGCCUUGGCUGACAAUUGCCCACAGUGGUGCAAUUGGGUAUUAACCACAUGUAGGUUAGCUUCCUAGCAGUAGUACUUGUGUGGGGUUUAGUGAAAUAAGGAGAGGGCCUGAUGUCACUCAGCCAUGUUGCAACACAGAAAUGGCAACACACCUUUCCCUGGAAAAUCAACAACCCUGUUUUCCUAAUGACAGAUGUUAAAGCAGCAAAUAGCAGGGCUGCAGGAGGAGUUCAGAAGGAAUGAGACCCGUUGGCAUGCUGCCCAUGGCGAUCUGAGAAGUCAGGUCGAAGCACUGACCAAACAGAACCUGGAGCUUCAAGACGAGCUCAGGGUCUCUGAGCAUCAGAAGAUGGAAAGCGAAAGGAAACAUGGAGCUGUGGAUUUGAUUGGCAGAAAAAGAGAAACGCCGGUAGGAUAGGCAGACCUCCUGUUUGUGUUUGGCUUCUUGGCUUGCUUUGUUGGGAAUGGGCUGUGGCUGUUUUGAUGUAGCCAUGCUCAUUUUUAAAAGAUCCACUGAUGGGGAAAGGAUUACGGCUCCUUGGAUGUUGCUUCUUAUUCUAGAGCAGGCUUCAGAACUCUUCCCGAAUGGAUGGGGAAAAGCUGACACCUUCCCUCUUCCUUUCCCCACUAGCAGAUCUUCUCACAGGUAGGCAAUGGGUCCUCUGAGAAGCGGCAGGCUAGAGUUGGAGUCCAUCCUCAACUAGCACAUCUGUUUUGAGUAGGAAACUACAGGGAGGAGCAGUCUCGUGAGAGUUGCCGUACUUUUUCCAGGAAGAAUGUGGCUGGCCUGCAAGAAGCCUUAAUUUUGUCUGCUCUUUAAAUUAGACAUAUAGACAAGUCUGGCCCAGAACAUUUUGGCACCUAAAUGCAUUCCUUGAAGGACACAUCUGCUGCCCCUGUGGCUCUUGCCGCCUGAGGCUGUUGCCUCACCUUGCCUCAUAGGUGCGCUGGCUCUGUUUAUAGAGAAUGGCUGCUGAACCUACUGGGCACAUGAGACAUUCUUAACUGCUACUACAUUAUAAUUUCUUUUUCAGGUCUCAGCAGCUGUUUUGAGAGGGACACCACCUGAAGGAACCCUGGUAGAGAAACUGUCGCAAAAUAGCCACAAGAGCCCUGACGAUAAGCUUAUGGGAAGGAAAAUAGUACCGCCAGAUGAAUUGGCCCCCAGAGAUUCACAGGUAAGAUAUAUUGAUCCUUCCCCAGUCCCCAUAUAGCCUUAUACUGCUUCUAGCAUACAUACAGUCAGUGUACAGCUGGUGUGUUGUAAUGAACAUAACAAUAUAACAUCUGCAAUAAAAUUAUAUCUAUAAAACAAUAACAAAAUUAUAUCUAUAAAACAAAAACAGGAUGCAGUCAUGCUUCAAUAAAUCAGAUUAGUCCAUCAAUGGAGAAUUCCUUGAGCAUCCCUAAUUGCUGUAAAAAUUACAUCCAGAUAAUGAAGCACAUUUGAAAGUAUUAUGGAAAUGUUAACGAUUAUUGGUAUUAUUAAAUACUGGGGAAACAUGUUAAAUCUUCAGUUUUUAAGUAUUCCUAGUGGCAUGCUCACAAAUAAGACAGCAAAGGCCAACACCAUGCAAUGAUUUUAAAAAAGCAUUUAAUCUCUUCUAGGCAACAAGGAGGGUUCUGCAAAGGUCUGAGUCACUGAAAUCUGCAGCAGGAGAACAAAGAGUGAAGAGCCCGUGUAAAGCAGUUCAUAACAGAAGUGUGACACCCAUAAGCCAGAGGACCCCUCAUCAAACACCGUUUGGACUACAGAAAGUAAUGCACAUUCUUUGAAUUUAUUUAGGAAAUUUAUAAAAAUGCUUAUGUUAAAAAAGAAACCUCUGAGCGGUGUACAAUAAAUAAAGUUUUAAAAUAGCAUGAAAUGCAGUGCAACAGAUUACACAGUAACCAUGUCACAACAGUUGCUGAUAUUAACAAUCCAGGAAUGUCUGAGUACAAGCUGCCUUGUACUGAGUUAGACCAUUGGUUCAUCUACUUUAGUGUUGUCUACAGAGACUGGCAGCGUUGAUUUGUUAUUAUUAUUUCUGGAAAAACCCUGCAAAUUGCAAAGCAGGGUGCUAUGAAGAUUAUUGCCUACUGCCUCUUCCUCUUACAAAAGGUUUUUUCUUUAUUGGCAUAUAAUUAAACUAGCCUGCUACAUAUAUAUAAACCUAUAGUCGACCCAUUUACAUAAAAGAUAAAUUAGUUAGGCAUUAUUUGAAUGCAUUUAUUCUAAUCUUGGCUAAGCCUGUCUCCUUUUCCAGUGAAUUUGUUCUGCCAAAGGACUUUGGGAGCCUCUUUGGCUGAAGGGUUCAAAUGCUCUAAAUAAAUAAAUCUUCACAAGAUCUACAACGUGUGGACCAGUGACAUCCAAAUCUAAACCUUUUGGAACGUAUCUUCAAGCUGGUGUCUUUAUAAACCACACAAUACCUUUUUCUCCAAGAGCCAUGGCAUUUCCUGAUGCUUUUGGCUCAGCUCCACAUCACUACAGUGAGGAAAGCCUGCCUGUUCAAUCACUUCAAGUGCGUAGGAGCACUGUGUGCCUUCAUUUAAAGGCUUCCUCUUCAUUGUAUAGGCUUUGCCUCAGUUGGCUCACAGUCAGCAGCACAGUUAUGGAAGGAAGACACCUGUGUCUGAAUCGGAACCAAGCAUACUUACCAGCUCAGCUCUGCGUGUGAAAGGUAAAGUAUGUUCAAAUGGUUGCGUACUUCCUAGUUCCUAUUGGGACAGCUCAGUCCGUAGAGCAUGAGACUCUUAAUCUCAGGGUUAUGGGUUCAAGCCCCAUGGUGGGCAAAUAUUCCUGAACUGCAGGGGGUUGGACUAGAUGACCCUCUUGUGGUCCCUUCCAAUUCUAUGAAUCUGUGUUGUUCAAACAUGUCCCUUUUGCUGGCCAAGAACAACAUCAGUAUCAAUGCUUUGGAGUCCGAAUACAGGACUUGAAAUAUCGGUGCUUUCAUAUGUGGCUGUUGACAGUUUUUAAUAUGUAAAUAUUUUAAUCCCUCUAGGCACGUUCUCUUCCACUUCAGGUAGUUCAGAAGACACAGCAUUUUUAAAUAGUCAAAGCAAUGACAGUUUAAGCACCACAUCCUUGAGUAAUGUGGGAAUACAGGUAUGUUUAUGUAUAAGCCUUGAGCAUAUUUUACAGCAGGCCUAAAAACCUACUCUGAUAAGAGUCUCUGCAGUGGCAUAGCUUGGGAUGGGGCACAGGGGCAGUUGCCCCAGUUGUUUCUGUCACUGGGCUCUGAUUAAAAAUGGCUUCUCCAUACGAACCAAGAAGUGACCUCGCCAGACAAAGGAACAACUCUUCUUUUCUUAUCUCUGUGGCUGCGAUCUCCUAGGCAACACAAACACCCUUAGGCAGUUGAAUGUGCAUGCCUACUCUGCCCAUUUCCCUCCCACCCACCCAUGCCCUCCACACCACCCCGGGUUCUGGUAACCUAUGCUACGCCGCUGCUCUGGGGGAAAGGGGUGGGGAAAAGAGGGUUCUUUCAUUGAUCAGUUAAACCAUAUGGCAUUAAAUAUAACAGAUUCUUUUAAACAUAUGGCUUAGGUGGUUUCAGAUGAUUACUGACAGGUAACAAUUUUUACAGGUGAAAGAGAAUCCUAGCCAUAAAAGGGUUCAGAGAUCCAAUAAAUCUUCUGAGCAAGUGGUUUCUAUGUCCACCUCCAGGAAAAACAGCAUUGCCUCAAAUGGCAGGAAUACACCUGUGGAAAAUCUUCCUAUUUUUGUGGAGACUAAAAAUAAGGUUUGGUUUUCUGGGUGUCUGAAUUUCUCUUUGUAUGUCUAUGUUUCUGUAUCAGUAGUGUUUCUUUUUUGUUCUGUCAUGCAACCAAGUGCUAAGAUAACAUUCGAUUCUGUUGGCCGGAGAUAGCUCUGUUAGACUUACACCAGGUUUAUCUAUGUGUUGUUUUAUGGUUUUUAUAUUGUUUUUCAUUAUUUGUUUUCAUUAGCUAGCUUGGGCAUCACAGUUGGAAAUGAUAUAUAUUGGGGGGGGGAUCCCUAACACCCUCUUCUUGAAUAAAAUACUGUGCCACUCCCCCUCUUAUGUGGGAUUUUAUAGAUCAUGCCACUCUGUGCAGAAAAAUGCAUGCAAUUAAAAAUCAUGUUUGAUUGUUGAUAGGCUUCUCCUCUCAAAUCAAUACUGUCCAGAAGAGCAUCACUAUAUACUGAAAUAAAGGAGGAUGGGGAAGUGAAAGAAAUAAUAGAGUACCCCGAUGGAAAGGUAAGAAAUAUUAGCUAAGUAUAAAAGCAGUAGAAAUAUUAAGUGACAGAAGUAGUGGGGUGUGUAGCCCUGAAGCAUGGCCCUAGAGCAACUCUCCCCACAUUGGUAGCACUGCGACUUACCUGGACAGGGCUGGGGCAGGGCAGAAGCAAGGUGGGGGCUAUGUGGUGCACUGCCAGGACCCCUGCUGCCAAUCCAGAAAUUGCACUGGUGUACCUGCACAGCCCUGACUUUGCUGCUUAGGCAGCAGUGACUCCAGUGUUAGGAGGGUGGCUCCACCCCACCCCACAUGCUGCUACUACAGAGGUAGCAUAAUAUGUGAAAACGUCAUUUAUUGCUUCUGUCGCACUUUUCCUUCCAAAAGGAAGAACAAAGCGAAUCACCACGAGCGACUUAAUUAACACAGAACAUCAGAGCAACCAAUGGAACUAAACCCAGUGUAUGUGAAAAUGUAAAACAAGUCAAAGCCACAUUCAUGUCCAAGCAGUAAUACAAUGAACCUGUGAAAUACAGAGCAAUUCAUUCAGUUACAGUGGUACCUCGGGUUAAGAACUUAAUUCGUUCCGGAGGUCCGUUCUUAACCUGAAACUGUUCUUAACCUGAAGCACCACUUUAGCUAAUGGGGCCUCCUGCUGCUGGCGCGCCACCGCCACACAAUUUCUGUUCUCAUCCUGAAGCAAAGUUCUUAACCCGAGGUACUAUUUCUGGGUUAGUGGAGUCUAACCUGAAGCGUAUGUAACCUGAAGUGUAUGUAACCCGAGGUACCACUGUACAAGGGUCUUCUGGCCUUCAUAUCCUCACACUUAGCUUCAUUUUGUACAAUGAUGGGAGCUGCUUCUUUGUGGGAUGGCCCCAUGCCACUGGGGACGGCAUCUGAAUAUUCUUCCAACCUUGCGCCCCAGAUUUCUGCACCUUUAUGUUGGCAGAUGCUUUACAGAAUUACAAAAUGGACAGCGAAUUUGGAAGGCAGUGUAUGUUCUCUCACUGGACUGGUGGAGGGAUCUCUUAACCAUGGUUAAGAGAUCGGGAGUGGACUAUAGGAUCUCAUUCUUCCCAUCCUCUCCUCUCUUGUCCUCAAUCACUGACAUUAAGCAGAUUUGAUAUUGUUGAGAACUCCUUCGGCUAGUAUCUGCAACCAGGGUUUGAAGCUGACUUGCAAACCCUACCCCCAAGGCAAAUCUACAUUGGUGCCAAUGUAGUGUUGAACUGCUUUUUGAUGUGUGUGCAUAAACCCUUCCUUGCUCCAAAUGCCUCUCCCCACAGUUGGCUCCAUUGAUUUAAUAUGCCUUUCACCUGCAAACCACCCAGGGAAGCUUCCUUUUGUACACGGUCUUAACUGGAGGUUGUGUUGGAGUGCAAGGCAGCUGGUUCCGUGUGGCACACACAUCACCAGGGCUGCGUUCCCCAUCUGCUCAUCGAGGGGUCUUGGCUGAUUUCCCAGGAGCUCUUUGCAUGAAACGAAGCUAACUUCCUGCUGAGCUGGCAUGCAUGCGAUGGGGGUCACGUUACAUGAAAAUAAAAGUGCUGCAAGCAUAUGUCUCUGCCAUAUGGUAAUUCAUCAAAGCACAAUUUGGAGCACCCUCUGCAGCACCGGAGGUCUCCAGGGGAAUGCAGAUUAUGCUGAGUUGCCGGAUAGAAUUUUUAAUGCCAUUUGUGCCGGUCAUAGAUCUCAAAUCAGCCUAAGUGAAUGGCAGGCGUGUGUCUCCCAUAACCUGAAGCUUUCUAAAGAAACCAGGUGGCUGUUUUUGGCACUUAUUCUGAAAUGCCUAGGACACUUUCGGGACAACUCACCUUUUCUUUUGAUCCUUGUCCCCCCCCCCCCCAAAAAAAAACCCAACAACAACAGAACAAAAUUCUAACAACUUCCCCAGGUGUCCUUGCUUUGCACUCCCCAUUUAUAACAGUACAGUGGUACCUCGGGUUAAGAACUUAAUUCAUUCUGGAGGUCCGUUCUUAACCUGCAACUGUUCUUAACCUGAGGUACCACUUUAGCUAAUGGGGCCUCCCACUGCUGCUGCCACUGCGAUUUCUGUUCUUAUCCUGAAGCAGAGUUCUUAACCAGAGGUACUAUUUUUGGGUUAGCAGAGUCUGUAACCUGAAGCGUCUGUAACCCGAGGUACCACUGUACAGGAAGGAGCCAGAGUGCCUGUUUGCGAGUAGAGACAUUCCAGCCUCUCACUUCAAAUGACACGUAAACUGCUGGUAAACUCAACCUUGUGCUUGUGCUGAUAUUUGCACGUGCUUAUUUGCAUAUGUGCAAAGAGCCAUACAGGAACGAAGCAGGACAGGAGAGCAAUGUUGUGGGGGAAGCAGAAGCGAAACUCAAACAUGACAAGAACAGUGGCCACCUUAGAUGGAAUCAUAGAGUUGGAAAGGACACUGAGGGUCAUCUAGUCCAACCCCCGCAUUUCAGGAAUCAUAUCUAAAGAAUCCCUGACAGACGACCAACCAACCACUGUUUAAAAACCGUCCAUGAAGGAGAGUCCUCAUGAGGGACUCUGUUCCACUAUUGAACAGCUCUUACCAUCAGAAAGUUCUUCCUAAAGUUUAGUCAGAAUCUCCUUUAUUCUAUUUAGCAGCCAUUGGUUCAGGUCCUACCCUCUGCAGCAGCAGAAUACAAGUUUGCUCCAUCUUCUGUGGAAUUAUGGUCUUAGGGCAUAGCUACACCACAAACUUAACUGUUUCCUCCAAACCGCCCCGCCCCUACAAAUUCUCUGUUUGAGAUCCCAUGUUCUUGACACAAAGUAGUUUUCAGAUUUCACUGUGAGUAGGGAAUGACUACAGUGGUACCUCAGGUUAAGAACUUAAUUAGUUCUGGAGGUCCGUUCUUAAUCUGAAACUGUUCUUAACCUGAGAUACCUCUUUAGCUAAUGGGGCCUCCCGCCGCCUCUGUGCCGCAACCACACAAUUUCUGUUCUCAUCCUGAAGCAAAGUUCUUAACCCGAGGUACUAUUUCUGAGCUAGCGGAGUCUGUAACCUGAAGCGUCUGUAACCCGAGGUACCACUGUAUUAAACUAGUUUAAGACAGGUGCAGUUUAUGGGUGGUGCCAUGGGAAUUUGACCAGGGCUGCUUGCAUAGGCUAACACCCCUUCUCAAAUUCUUGUGAAAAGGCCUACCCGGAAGAUGGGCCUCUCAUAUUUCUCCCAGUGAAGCCACUGCCAACACAGUGCCACUGUCAGCCUCUUCCCCCACCCCCCCACCCCCAGGAAUCAUGAGUGGUGCUGGCAGCGUGUUUUCAUUUUACAAAGAAUCAAGAGGAAAGAAGAGAGGACUGUUUCAUCUUGGAUGGGAACUGUCUCUGCUGCCUGCUAUUCUUUUCUGACUCCCAUUGUGAACUUUCCCACUUGGGAAUAAGUAGAGGGGGAAAGUUCGCUCUGGACAAAAGAAAUCAAUUGGCUCCUUUUAGCUUUCUUUCAAAUGCCGGCACACAGGCCCUUGAGGGUUUCUGAGCAUUCAGGUGGAACACUGGAUGACCCCUGGUCUGCUCACUCACCUCUCAUGCAGCUCUGCCCUUCUGAAUUAACCUGGUGAAACAUGUUAAAAUUGGUGUUCUGGGCUGAAGCUUAGUAAAAGUCACAGAUGUUUAAAUAUCUAAUGUAAUAAAGCACAGAGAUCCAUUUAGAUGAAUCAGAGUCUUCUUCAAUUCAAGUAUUCCAGUUUAACUACAGGGGGGUGGGUUGUGGGGGGAAGAGAGGGAAGAAAGAGAAUGUGAAUACACACCAACCCUGCACAUCUGGUCUUUGUUUUAAAGGUGAAACAACUGUUUACUGAUGGGCGCAGGAUUACGAAAUAUCCAAACGGGACAAAAAUGGAGAUUAGCACAGAUAAAAGAACAACUGUUGUUACUUUUUACAAUGGAGAUAUUAAGAAGAUCUUGCCAGAUCAGAGAGUGGUGUGUAUAUUUAUUUUAUUUUGCUUUGAAGGAGGACUUUAAACUGUGAUUACAAAGAUGGACCUCAGUUCUAAAUGUCUUAAUUUCCAAGUAGGGGGAAAUAAAUAUUUAGCUGAGCUCUGACCUGAGCUUAAACAAUCUUUUAUAUGCAAGUUAGCAAGUCUCCACAUUUGUUGUGCUGAAAGAAAUCUGUGCCAGAGCAACUCAAUGGUUGAAUUCUGCGAUGUAUAAAUUAUGCAAAUGCUUACUUUGCAAAUCCUAACUUUGCAUAAUUUAUUUCACUUCUGCCAGUCUUGGGAAGAGUUGUUCACGCCACUGAAUCUCUUCCUUCUGGAAAUCCUGUACAGCAGUUCCACCCUCCUGGCUUCUGAGAGUGCUUAACAGUUUGUUUAAAAACAGUAACAAAGUCACUGUGGUGGCACCCAUAUCCCCCUCCCCUUCUUGAGCAGUUUUCCACCUCAAAAUAAGUCAACAAACCUUUGAAGGUGUUGAUGUAUAUACUUGAAGCAAUACAAAGCUAGACGACUCACCAGAGAUGAGAGAGAGGGGCAAAAGUGAAGAUUAAAUCAGCAUUGGACAGGGAACUAUGAUCUAUUCCACACAACCAGUUUAUUGAGCAUUCAUCUUGAUUUAUUUGCAGAAUGUUUGUGGGGAGGUUAGAUGAUGUCAGCUGUUUACUGAACAUUCGUUCUGAUUUGUUUGUGAAUUUGCAUCGACAAUUGUUAUUCCACACUUUCCAAUGCAUUUUCCUAUCAUUUCCCUUGUUUAUUAUUAUGCAGAUUUAUUACUAUGCAGAGACACAGACAACCAGAACCGUUUUCCCAAAUGGAUUGGAAGUCUUGCAGUUUCCUAAUAAUCAGAUUGGUAACGUCAAUUUACUAUGAAUUUAAAACUGAUUUUAAAGGCAAUGUUUACCAAACAGAUAUGCGUAUCAGAUAAUAAGUUUUCUAUCUUUUUCUCCUUUAAGGGCGAUAAAUUUAAAAAUUAUGUCAGAACUUAUAUAUAAUAAAUAAAUGAACUUCCAUAUUGCAUAUCAUUCAGAAAUUCAGUUUGCACACUGAGGUGGGACCCAACAAGCCUGUGCAGAAAUCCCUGCUGAGUUGCGAAGCAUCCCCAGUGGCAGAUUUCAGGUUGCUUCAGACAUGCCAGAUAUCUGCAUUUGAGGCACAUCCACACAAGAAAUAACAUGCAAUCUGUGUGUAGGUCAUAAUAUGCAGUGUAUGCACGUGUGUCAAUGUAUCAGGCAUGAUGUACCCACACUGGGAAGGUAAGCUCACACAUGUUUCAAAUGAGACUUCUUAACAAUGUCCUGUUCCGCAGAAAAGUACCACCCUGACGGUACUGAAGAAAUCGUGUUUCCAGACCAGACUGUGAAACGCCGCUAUGAUGGAGGUAUGGUGGAAGAAACUGUUUUCCCAGACGGUACAGUUGUAAAAGUGGACAAGUAAGUAAUAAAGUACUCAGGAACUGGAAAGGGGGAACCAUUCAAUAGAAGUGCCAUUUCAGCACUGUCUCAACACUCUGCUGUUCACAUUGGAUAAUUUUGUAGAGCUCUGCAAGGCAAAAUUGUUGCAAGGGAUUGUGUUUUGCUAGGAUUCUGUCCUCCCAUUUACAUAAAUACAAGCAAAACCAAAGGUGGUUUUUUUAAACGAGAAUAACCACUGUCAGUUACAUAAUCAACAUUGCCUCUGUGUUUUCUGCAUUCAUUUCCCUCUGACCUCAUUGCUUAAAAAAUCUGGAUACACUUUGUGUAUCCAAUGAAUUGUGGUCCAUGAAAGUUUGUGCUGUAAUACAUUUCUUCGUCUUUAAGCUGCCCAAAGACUCUUUUUUGUUUUGCUGCAGUGGAAUAGCAUGGUUACCCUUUUGAGAAUUACAAUCAAAGUUGAGGUUGAAUGCAACAGGGAAUGUUUGUCAUAAUCUUAAAAAGAAACAUUUGUAUUUGGUACCCCCAUAACUAUGUCUCCCAAUGGGGCCAGGGAACAUAGAGCCAGUGCUAACCCAAAUGGGCCCUAUCAAUGGAAUCCAUUAGUCUGUCUGCCCCAACUCCUUGUGUUGAUUGUCGGUGCUGAGGUACAAAGGAUAUUAACAUAUUUGAUCUCAGAAUUUGCAAUGCCGUAUUACAAGGAAACUUUUGGCCAGCAAAAUCAUAUUGGCACCUAUGCCAGAAACCAAUAAAGCCAGGCAGUUGUCUGCCCUGGUCCUCAUUACAAUAAGACAUGUUACUCCAAGCUCUAAAUUGCUCUUGAUCUGCAGGUUUAUAGGGCACUUGUGCUGUUGUGUCUUUCCCCCUGCCCCAAGCAUCCAACUCUAGCCAUUCCCAGAGACAGCAUACUACGCUUGAUGGGCAACUGGGCUGAUUUGCUAUGUUUGUUCUUAUGUGUAAAAUGUAAAGUCUGUUGGCAUGAACAGGGUUCCCAUGGGUAUACAUGCUCUGAAGUGGACUGUUUUAUUUUAUUGCUUUACAGAAGUGGAGUUAAAACCAUCCAGUUCCAUAAUGGGCAAAAGGAGAUUCAUAUGGCACAGUCUACGAGAAGGGAAUACCCUGAUGGGACUGUCAAGACUGUCUAUGCAAAUGGCCAGCAGGAAACCAAGUAUUCUUCAGGACGGGUUCGAAUCAAAGAUGAGAAGGAGAUCGUCAUCCUGGAUAAGGAGUAA